AUGGCCGCCACCACCGACAGCGCGUCUAUCGAGAAGCAGGUCAGCGAGAACGAGUCGCUGCCUCCGGCCCGCGAGAAGCAGCCGCUUUCGAAGCGCAUAUUGCGCGUCGUGUGGGAUUCGCUCGACAAGUCCCCGCAGGAGCGGAAGCUCCUAGUCAAGAUUGACUGGUGGAUCUUGUCCUAUGUCUGCGUCGCCUACUUCAUCAAGUAUUUGGACCAGACCAACAUUAGCCAGGCGUAUGUCUCGGGUAUGAAGGAGGACUUGAAGCUCGCCGGCAACGACCUGAACCUGCUAACAACAUGGUGGACGGUUGGCUACAUUCUCGGCCAGCUCCCCUCACAAGUCAUGCUAUCUUACGUCCGUCCUUCGAUCUGGCUCCCUACGAUGGAGCUCUUGUGGUCGGUGUUCGUUAUCGGCAUGGCGGGCGCAAAGAAUGUCAAGACGAUGUAUGCGCUGCGCUUCUUCGUCGGCUUGUUUGAGGCAUCUGCAUACCCCGGUAUCAUGACACUCUUGGGCAACUGGUAUAUUCCCGCCGAGCUAGGCAAGCGCUCCUGCAUCUUCCAGGCGUCUUCGUCCGCGGCUCAGAUGUUCAGUGGCUACUUGCAGGCCGCACUGCACUCCGGUAUGGACGGGCGUGCUGGCUUGGCCUCCUGGAGGUGGCUCAUGAUCUUCGACGGCAUCAUCGCCGUGCCCAUCUGCAUCUACGGCUACUUCGCCAUUCCCGACUCGCCCACCACGACGAAGGUCAAAUGGCUCAACGAGCAGGAGAAGCAGAUGACGCGCGAGCGCAUGGAGCGCGUCGGCCGCGCCGCCCCGCGCAAACUCACCUGGCAGACAUGCCUCGACAUCGCGAAGGCAUGGCCCGUCUGGCUCUUCAGCGCCGCGUUCAUCGCGCACGUGCUCGCCAUCCGCAUCUACUCGUACAUGAACCUCUGGCUCAAGGCCGCGGGCACGUACUCGACCGAGGCGGUCAACAUCAUCCCCACCGGCGGGUACGCGCUGCAGAUCGUGUGCACGCUGCUCAUGGCGUGGACGUCGGAUGCGAUCCAGAUGCGGUGGCCUCUUAUUAUCGUUGCGGCGACAGUCUCGAUGACCGGCACGAUCAUCCUGUCCGUUUGGCCGAGCACGAAUAGCGGCAUCUUCGCUGGGUGGUACCUCACGUUCUGCGAGACCGGCGCCGGCGCGCUGUUCAUCUCCUGGAUCAACGAGGUCCUCUCGCACUCCGAAGAGCAGCGCCGCAUCGUCAUCGGCGUUGUUGAGACCCUCGCCUUCACCUUCCAGGCGUGGGUGCCGUUGCUCAUCUACAACACCGGGGAAGCCCCGCGCUUCCGCAUCGGCUACCAGAUGGCGGCCAUGUUCUUCGCCAUCGAGAUCCUGCUCACGCUCGUCAUGGCUUGGUUAUGGCGUGGGCGGAACACGUCGGGUGUGGAUCUCAGGGAGGAGAAGGACAUUGCCCUCGCGCCGAGGCAAGAAAAGGACCAGGCAGCCCUCUGA